GAGUCUACUCUUAUCAACAGCGUAAACUAACAACGUCAACUCAAGAAGAGCCGAGCCGAGAAGCCUCCGGGUUGUAACUCGCAGACUUUGUCGAAAUUGGUUCUCUGUUCGACAAAACAAACUUGAGCUAACUGCCGUUGUGCAGUUGGUAAAUGCUUUGGAGUUCCUGUAAUCUUCGCAGUCAAAAUAACUGUUUGCGCUAUGGACUACUCAAAAUUUAUGGAUGACAAUUUUGAUGCCAAAGAGUGGAUCAAUGCUGCCUUUCGAAAUCAAAAAGAAGCUGGUGUCUCCAAGGAUCAAUAUGCGACAACUAUGGUCAUGAAGCUGCAGGUUUUCAUCCAGGAAGUCAACAAUGUACUGGAGGAAGCUAGCCAGCAGGCUCUUCAGAAUCUGCCAAGAGUUGUGCGAGAGCUUGACGCAAUCAAACAAGAGUCCUCUUUAUUACAAGAUCAGAUGAGAAUUGUCAAGCAAGACAUUCAGAAGGUUGAGCAAGACACAUCACAGUCAAUGCAGUCUCUGCUCAAGUUGGACAGGAUCAAAUCACGCAUGAAGACAACCGCAGAUGCUCUGAAGGAAGCUGAUAACUGGACAACUCUGAGUGCUGAUAUGGAUGAAGUUUUCCAGUCUCAGAAUGUUGAUGAUAUCACAGCAAAACUUUCAGGCAUGCAGCAGAGUUUGCACAUGCUAGCGGACACCCCUGAUUAUGUAGACAAAUGCCAGCAUCUGGAAAAGCUGAAAAAUCGACUGGAGGCCUUGCUAAGUCCACAACUCAUUGCUGCUUUCAAUUCUCAAUCAUUAGAGCAAACUCAAAAGUACACCAAAAUAUUUGAGAACAUCGAUCGUCUGCCACAGUUGUACAAAUACUACCACAAGUGUCAUAAGAAUAACCUACUGCAAAUGUGGAAAACCACAUGGGAGAGCAACCAGACCAGAUCUUCCCUGAGUGACCUGUACGAUCUGCUACUGUCCACCUGGCACAACCAGGUCAAAUGGUGCUCUCAGGUGUUCAGCGACCCCGUCACUGUUGUCCUUGACCUUCUCAGCCAGACCCUCAAUUUCCUGGACCCGUCCCUGCCCACAGUGUUCCAGGUGUUGGUCGGUGAGACGGCCAGUCCUCUUGAUACUCUCAUCGAGCUGAAAGAGAUUUCAGAUAGAUGCACCAAAACUUUAGAAAGUGCUGUGGAUAGCUACACACAAGAUGUGGGAUUUGAACAUUCCAAAAGUCUUCAAAAUGUGUUGAAAGCUAUCUACAGCCCUUACAUGACAUACACUGGCAAAUACAGGGUCUUUGAGGAAGUUGCGCUCACUAAGCACCUAGACACCAUAAAGCUGGAUCACAUGGAAGUCAUUGACACGGUGCAGCUGCUGUCGGAAUCUGUAGCCAAGUUGUUUACUGGUGCUCAAGAGGCAAAUGAAAGAUGUCAAAAGUUGACCAAUGGCCUUUGUUACCUGGGCUUGUUGAGUGCAUACAAGACAUACUUUGUGGCAUACUCAAGAGAGUUUCGAAGAGUGUUGGUCAACAUCAGAGAAAAGUGUCGGACAGCGAGCAGGUCUGAUUCAGAAGACUGGUCAGAUUUCCAAAAUUCACUCAGAAUUAUCCAGACUUGUGGCAAUUUGCUGAUGCAGAUCGAGGAUUUGGACACCGUGGUGGCGAGCAGCAUCUUGCACUGUCUGGGCCCUCUGGUCACUUGCCACUCCCCGACCAAGGAUGGGGGCAGCCACAUUUCAUCUGGAUGUCACAACUACCAGUUUCAAGCUUCACUGUUUUUGACUUCCCAGUCAGAAAUUGAAGCUUUGGAAAGUAUGGUUCACAAGCUGGAGGAAGGUGAGAGCCCUCCAGUGUUUGCCGAGAUCACAACUGACCUUAGCAAGCUGAGUGGAGAGGUGCACAAGUUUGCUUUUGAGAUUGUGUUCAGUCAGCUCAAGACCUACCUCAAUGGUGUGUCCAUCAUGGAGAUCUGGACCUCUCAGAGCGCUGGGGGUGCCAUGACAUCUGAUCUGCCAACAUUCAGCCUCUCUCCACAAGAGUACAUUACUAAAGUGGGUCAGUACCUGAUGACACUGCCCCAGCACCUGGACCCUUUCACCUUACAGGAGAGUCCAGCUCUCAUCACCGCGUUGAAGCAUGGGCGACUGCCAUACACUAAUCACCAAGAACUUCCGGAGCACUUGGCAGACAUCUGGCUGGAGUCCGUUGCCAUGGGAACCAUGCAUACCUACACAGAGGAAAUCCUGAAAAUUCCUUACGCAACACCACAUGGUUGCAAGCAACUUAUUACAGACAUUGAUUAUUUGUGUAAUGUGUUGGAAGAUUUGGGUCUGAAGGCCUCUGAGACCAUGACGCACAUCCAGACCCUCCUGCAGGUCAAGCCAGAGGAGUUUGCAGACACAGCCGAACUGUUACCGCAGAGGGUGUCCCACACAGUGGGCAACCUACGUGGUAUACAAGUCUAAUGUGGACAGGAAAUGAGAAAGGAUGUUAUGACAGUGGUUAAUCAAUGUAGUAUAUUAGUCUAAUGUGGAUGGGAAAUGAGAGAGAAUGUUGUGAGAACACUGCUUCUGAUGCACUUUUUGGGGGGAUCAAGCGUUUGUGCCUUUUUCAAACUAGGUUUUUUAUAAAGAUAAUAUUAAUAUGUACUAAAAUUCAAGUAAUGUAACUAGAGCCAAGGUAAUUGUUUACUUAAGAGGUUAGUGUCACCUGAGAACAAACUUUUAUGAGAUUUAAAAAUUGAUUCCGAGAACUAUCAGUCACAUAUGUUCAGGUCAUGGAACCUCAACAGAGGGCACCCUAAUAAAGUCUUAUAACUGGUCCGUGAACUGUGAUGGAGAUACAGUGUUGUGCACAGAACAGUACAGCCAAAUAUGUCGCUCUUCAGACUAGCUCUUGAAAUAUUAUUGCAUAAAUAGGCUUAGACUUUUACCAGUAUAUUGCUUUGUCUUGUAUGAACUGUAAACAAUUUAUAAAAAUGUCUGAACAGGAAGUGAUUGUGCCCAAGGAUGUGAAGAUUAUAUAGACUUUACAACAAAAGUGUGCAUUUGAACUGGUGUGCUUUUUCUCAACUUGCUGCCAUGGUUCUAUGAUUAAAUCAAUGUUAGUAAUGAACGGUUUUAAGAUGUUGAAAAUUGCUUGUGUUUAUAUUUGUUUUGUGCAAUUAAUAAUGUGCAAAUGCAUGCAUGUGCAGACAAGUUUGUGUGCAUGGCACAUUUGUAAGAUAUAUUUGUGAAAUAUCGAGGUUUUUUAUGUGUGUGUGUAUGUGAAUGUGUGUGUGAGAGAGAAAGAGAGAGAGAGAGAGAAAGAGCGAGAGAGUAAAGAUGUGUAUUUCUUAUACAUAUUACUUUAUUUGAAAAUUGGAUAGAAUAAAAAUCAUUUGCCAUGUUAUUUAAAGUAUGCUUCAAAGUUUUUGUAAAGUAUGCUGUGCAGUACUGCACUAUAUUUGUUAUGCAAGAGAGCCUAUCUGCCCUUUUUAAUUAGGUAGUCUCUCUGCAAAGUGAGAAUGGAAUUGAUGAACAUAACUACAAACAUACAUAUUAUAUUUGUAUACAUGUAAAUACCACGUUAAUCAACAGCAGCUGCCUGUAUCAUACUGAAUAGAUGCUGCAGGAGGCUUUUGUGAUAUGGGUGCAAAAUUUGAAUGUGAGCAAGUUUUGUGAUGAUGUUAUUUUUUUUAUUUAUUGUGGUAAAAUUGUAUAAAGACUUUAUUUUGUUAGAAUGUAAGUAAUCUGUUGUGGGAAAAUCAUAUAUGAAUCUAUCUUGUUAGGAUGUUAUUCCUUUCAAUGAACUGACUUUGAACUCUCUUCUUCUGCAUGAUUUUGUGUUUUCCUUUUGAUGAGCAGAUUUUUUUGUGAUGACCUUGUGUUGUGCAUUUCAAAUGAGGAUUUUAAGUAAAAGCCUGAUAACACGAACUGCACGGGACUAGAGAAUUUCUUUGUGUUUAGCAGCUUACACAUUAAAGUUCCAAGGCAUAGAAGAAAGAGGGGAAAAAUCUGGGGAUUUGAAAUCCUGUGUUAACAGGAAUUUUGUGUUAGUUAAACAAAGUCUACUGUAAAUACAGGACUGGUAAAACUGACACAGAAGUUUCUUUAAUUUCUUGUUCUUGUACAUGAUAAAUUUUUGAUUAAAUUUGUAUGAGUUUGCAAAGUUUUGAGAGAGGGGAUGGAGGAUAUCUCUGCUAGUACUAGAAGCUGUUCUUCAUUAAAUUUGAAUAAAGACUCCAACCGUUGGGUGAAGUAGUAUGAACCUGUGUGUUUGUAACUUUUAAGCAGUCCUCAGUGAGGAUUUUUGCAUUGUGAUGGCUUGUGUCAUUGAUUAUUCAUUCUUAAUUUUGGUCUCAUCCUAUGCAUUGUAUGGAAAUGAUUUGCUAAACUUUCAAGUAUUCAAACCUUGAAGUCAAAGACAAUCUUCAACCUUACACUGAAGUUGGUGAAUUGGUACACAUGGCUAACAUGUCAGUUUCAACUUUUAUAUCAAAUGAGAACACUCCUUGUGUGAGACACUUGUCAUCAUAUUAAAUCUGAAUUGGUCUUUCCGCAUAUAUGGCUCAAGUAGUUGGUUUAAUGUUUGUGUUAUAAUCUGUCAAGAGGGAAUAAAAUUAUUGUUAUGAACAUU